AUGCAGCGGGCGCUGCAGCCGGAGCGGGCAGAGAGCGCGCGCCGGGCACAAAGGCGCGGACCAAGCCUGGCCCCGCCCCCGCCCCUCCCAGCCAGCCUCCCUGAGUGGCCCCGCCCCGCCUCCGUCGGGGCCCCGCCCCCCAGCCAAUCGCGACGCACCGCGCUCCCCGCCGAGCCAAUGGCUGCCCUGUCCGCGCGCGGCCACCUGACCCAGGGCGCCGUUGUUAUUAGGCGCGGCGAGGCGGGCGGCGCGCGGCAGCGGGGCUGGGCUCCGGCCGGGAGUCGGUGGAGGGAACGAGGGAGGGAGCGCGCGCGCGCUCCCGGCCGUCCACCGCCGCCGCUCGCCCCGAGCCUUCUCCCUGGCCGCGUUGCCCGCAGCCGCCUCGACCUCCUCGCGCGCCCUGUUCGCGGGCUCUCAGCCAGAUUUCCAGGACCAAGCCAUGCAGGACACAGCUGGGGGAUUCUGGUCACCUGGGCUCAGAUUCCAACUCUACUUCUCAAGUGGUACCAGGCUAGUCACUCACUCAACCUCUCCAUGCCUCAGCCUCCUCUUCUGGAAACAGGAAAACCAAGACCUCCCCACAAGCUUGGCUUCUGGAAGCCUUUGUCCCGAGCGUGGCUAGAAGCCCCUAGGAACUGCAUUUCCACAGGCAGCCCUAACCAGCCACUUUCACGGAGCCACCUACCUAUCCCACAGGGCUUUGCUGGUGGUCUGGAAACCUCGGGAAGAUGCUGCCUCCCUCUCUCCUGUCCUCUUGUGGCAGCUGAGAUAGUGGCAAGGGACCGUGAUUCCUCCCCAUCUGCACCAGCAUCUUCCUGCAUCUUCUUGAGGACACUGUCACUCUCAGCACCUUGGCCCAAGAAGCAAUAUGGAAACAGAUGCAGAGGCCCCGCUGUUUGCUAACACUCCCAGACUGUCCUUCAGGUCACCCUCUGUGACAUGUCACCGAGGGGAGCCAGUCCACGAGUGCUCGUUCUAUCAGAGUCAGCUCCUGCCUGCAUCUGUCACUGCUGAUUGCAUUUGAAUGGCUUCGUCUCUUUUUUAAAUAAAAGAUUUAUGCCUUA